GAAGCAGUUAGCCUCGGCAGGAGAUAAAUAAAUACAUGUGUAGGAGUGUCUUACAGUGCUUGCGGCUGGUUGGCUGACUGACUCUCUGACGCGAGCCGCACAAAGCGGGGUUCCAGUUGGUGCACAAAUGUGCCGCAGCAAUGUUUAAAUGCUGCGCUCUCAGCAUCUAGACAAUUGUCAACAGUUGGACGCUGACAGCGUCUCCCUAUAUUCCAAAGCCACAUGAAGUUCGAGACUCGACUGUCUGUUACAUGCUCGGCUUCUUUGCAUCCAAUCAUAAUGAUCAACCAGUCACAUUGAGCGAAAUUAUUGUCACAUACUGGUACUGAAAACGAAUUUGUCACGAUCUGAAGCCAACAAGUACCACGAAUUUUCCACCGUCUUCAGACGUAUGGGGAAUAGAAGCGAUACCAGUCCCCAUAGUCUCCAGAGUAUACCUCUGGAAUUUCACAAUGUGGCUGAUCGAGACGUCCACCUUCCGACUCCACGAAUUCACGAGGUCUGCCCCUCCCUAUGCGGCCCUCUCUCACGUCACAGAAGAAAAUGAGGUGCCACUCGAAAUCCGGGAGCAUGAUAGAAGAGAAAUAUGCAACCAGAGCAGAAAGACAGUUGAAAGAGCUUGUGGGCAGGCCCGGACCGCAGGAAUCUCGUGGCUCUGGAACUAUGCUAUGUGCGUGGACAACCGUUCAUGGGCUUCGCAGUCCGAAGCCAUCAACUCGCUGGCGCACAUUUACCGAGGUUGCGAAUUUACCAUCAUAUACCUGGCAGACCUUGUCCUUGAAAUGACAAGAGGUGAGAAACUCGGUGAUAUACUGGCUGAGUGUCGUUGGUUCAAGAACAUCUGGGCGAUCCCCCAGCUCAUCUUUUCGCGGGCAGCAUAUUUCUUCUCAUCUAAUUGGAAUCAAAUUGGAACCAAGGUCUCGAUGCUUCCGCUUGUUUCGUCUAUUAUUGGAAUCGAUCGGCAUGCCCUAGAGGACUCGGAAUGCCUAGAGGAUUAUUCCAUCGCCAGGAGAAUGUCAUGGGCCUCCGAGAUGACAGCCCCGCGGAUUGAGGACUUUGCGUACGCUUUGCUCGGGAUUUUUAACAUCAGCAUGCCUAUAAUCUACGGAGAAGGACAAAAGGCCUUUCUGAAACUUCAGGAAGAGAUUUUGAAGGACACCAACGACCUUUCCCUACUGGCUUGGGACAGCCCUGGCAAUCAGGAGUACAUCGGAGUUUUCGCACCUUCCCCAGCUUGUUUCCGUCGGUUCCGAAACUGUAUCACCACAAUAUCACGACCCAACAGAGAGCUCCCCAGUGGAAUGGUCCCCCCGGAAUUUCCAAACAGAGUGGCGCACCCAGAGCUUCCCAAAGGAGUGGUCCCCUUGGAAGCCCCAGAGCUUCACAAUCGAGAAGUCUAUAUUCACUGCGCAGGUAUAACAAUUGAGACCAUUUUUUGGAGAUCGGAAGACGGCCUGUUCCUGCCUCUGGAAAUCGAGGAUGGAGUUGUUUGCCCGGUUCCUCUCUUGCCCUGGGACGGUUGCUUUGUGCGGAAGGGCAGUCCAAUAGAAUGGAAACCUUCAGGCCCAAAGAGUGCCGAAGUCGUCAGGAUUUGUCUCCGGCGUCACGUAAGCGCCCACGUCUCCAGAAAGAUAAGUACACAUGAACGAAAUCUCUCCAAGGAGCCAUAUCUCUGUCUUGAUCCCAUCGAUGAUACCAGUACCAUGAGGAAAUCGGGCCACUCCAACGUGGACUCUAAUCAUAUCGAAGGAACAUGCAACAAAGCCCCAGCUGUUGCAAGAGGUCCUCACAUGGCGGUUCAGCAUUCCUCAUCCAUGUCCAGUACGGUGCCAUCGCCCAACGAAACCAUUCCGGAUUUUGGAGCAAACGGCUGCCUGAAGCCUCAAUACAAGCACCUGUAUCCUGCCGAGCGGUGCCCGGGCCGGGUGGCCGAGCAGCUCAAUCAGCCCACGGUGCCGGGUAUCUCCCCGACAUACGUUGUGUCGUGCGCGGUCCCGAGCGACACCGUCACUCCCAUCAUGGGUGACAGACACUACAAAACAGACAAUAAUCACAGACUGGUGACCAAAAGCUCAUUCGACAACGAUGCGAGGCCAUCAUGCGCGCACAAAGCGGUGGUUGAGGCCCCCCACAUCUCGGGGGACUGCCUUACUGGCGACUUGAAAAAGAGCGCUGUUGAGUCUCCGUUCAGUCGCCUUACAGGCCAGGCAGCGAUCAAUAGCCCUCAGAUCACGACCAGUGAGAGUGGAUCGCCACCUGGAGAAGUACAGGUCCUAGAUGUGACCUCAAUCACGAAAGAGUUGGCUGGCAUUACAGCUGAGAAAUUUCUUUCUCGACGUCAAGAGCCAACAAGGAAAAGGUCCCUUAUUCCAUGGGGCAUCCAGAGUCGGAAGCGAGUGAAGCGUGCGGAAUCUUCUGACCAGCUUGAAGGUGUCUACACCUCUGACUCUGAUGAUGGUGAGACGGUUCUGAUAAAGAAGGCGAGGUACUUUGCCUGCCCCUUCUAUGUGCGGAACAACCAGUACACAGAGUGUUUGAAAAGGCAUCAUUUCGAAAGCAUUGAGGACGUCAAAGAGCACAUAUGUUGGGACCAUCGCCGACCAAAAUUCUGUCCGAUUUGUAAAAAAGAGUUCUCUUCGGGUGCAGACCGAGAUGAACACAUUCGCCUGCGCGCCUGCGAUGCGAGCACUGCAAACACACCUGACGGCAUCACAGAUGACCAAGAGGAGAGGCUGGAAAGAGAGAACGAGCCGUCACUGUCGGAGGAAACACAGUGGUUUCGGAUCUGGGAAACCAUAUUUCCCCAAGUCGCGCGCCCGGCGUCGGCGUUUUAUACAAGCCAGCGAGAUGUGAGCAUCUGUGCUUUCCGGAAAUUUUGGCAGCAAAGUGGAGAGGAAACUGUCGCAAAUUUUCUCGAGGCCAGUAACUGUCGGAGCUACAACCUGAGAAACGAGGAGAGAGAUUUGCGCACCAUCUAUGAGCUCGUGAUGGAGAGAGUGGUGAACAGGAUCUUUGACGACUUCGGUGACCUAAUUAGCAAGCAUUAAACACUGAUAUCGGGUUGGCUCACUUUAUAACAUGAGCUCGCAGACUAGUGGGAUUCACUGGGCAUGUAAUUUUCUUUGGGCUUUGGACAAUGGGUACCCUCAUUACAUCGGAUGCUAAUAUGAAGAGUUGGGAUUGGCUUUCAUACUUAACGUACUUGUGGCCUUAGCUGCUGGGAGGUGACGGGGUGCUGGUGUUAUAUCAUCACCUCUGUGUGUCUCAUCGGGGUUGGGAGUUGACAUUCGAUAUUUCGAGGACAGAAUUAUUCAUAUGUACAUUUAAACAUCGCUAGCUAUGUGUCCUAUGGUGUCUGUGACCCGGGCCCCUGGUAUGGUUGGCUAAAAUUUCGCAUUCCGACCGAAGGUAUCCAUCUAUUGCAGCAAAGGAAAAGCCAAAAUCACCCAAGAAGCAUAAUUUGGACCAAUGUGGCCCAUAAUCACGAAGUGUUGUGAAGGCUUAAGCUGACCGGGAUGGUGGUGGACGGAAUAUAUGAGACAUCUGGAGUAUAGGCGGAAACCAGGAUAGGAAGUGGUCUCGCUUCUAAUCCCAUCUAUAUAAAACGUAUGUUGCGCUUUCAUACGGUGGUAAACGCUCAAGACCAAGCCUUCAAAGAAGAAAAUGCAAACAACAGUGCAGAGAGAAUGCAAUACGUGCUUUACAAACAAAGGGCCGCUGUGAUUUGUUGCUCAUUGGUGGCUUCCGUGGUCAUCAUCACUGGCAUGGUCGAGGAUGUGAUCUGCAUGAGCGUUUUCGUUGUUGAACCAGGCUAGCCAGUCAAUGUCCGAGAUAUCUGGGAGAUGCUCAUCGGCUGCAUGGGAUGGAAGAUUGGGGUCGUGCCCUAAGACGGCGGCUCUUUCAGCUGGCGCGGGCUGCUGCAGCCCCUGUGGCACAACGAAUGUGGGGCGAUUCAACGGGCCAUGCGCAAGGCGAUAUGGAAUCUGAGGACGAGUAGGAGACAGGGUGCUCGAACUGGGAUCCAUCUGCCCAAGCCUGCGCGUGCCUUGUUCUAAUCUUGACCUAGUGGAGGGUGGUGGUCUCAGGUAUACCGGCCUCGAAGCUUCAGGGGAAUGGUGCUGCAGGACAGGGCUGCUGGUAACUGUGGCGACUCCAGGACUCGCCACGGAUGGGGCUGGGGUGUUCGCGCCCAUAUAUGAGGAGCCAUCGGCUUCAUGUUGGUCUUCUACAUGAUCUUCGUCCUGCACCACACGAUCCCGGAUCAGCACAAUGACUGCUUCGAGAAAUUGAGACAUUCCAGCCUGUUGUUGUUCGAGAUCCAUGGCCAUCGUCCAUGGCUCGAUUGGCAGUAGAACCCGCCAGAGGUCGCUGCCGAAGAUCGUGUUUCUCCAAUCGACUAAGCGCUGGAUUUCAGGCGGGUCGUUCAGGAAGGGCGACUCUGGGCGUGGCUCCCCAGGGAACAGGACGUCCCAUAUCAUGUACCAACGUUGAACCUCAGUGACAUGGUUGGUACGGUGGUUGCGGGCGAUUUCUCGUAUCCUCUGCUCUUCGUCUUCGGUAAUGCCUGGGUAGUUGAACGGAAAUGGCGAGGGCUCGCAUGUUCUCGCCCGGACAUGUGCAUCGCGCCGCCGCCUGGCCUCAGCCAGGCGCCCCGGGAACAUGUCGCCACAAACGGGGCAAUGCACUGGCUGGUAGUGUGCCCUUUCGAGCAAAUGUUGCCGCACAUCGCUCAGCCUAGUGAGCCUGAUAUAUAAACAGCUGCUGUGCCGGGUCCUGUCAUGAAGAUAGUAGGGACAAGCGAAGCUGCGUGUUGCCUGCCUGACUGAGGUUGAUCUCGAAGGUUGUGCAGGGUCCCUCCCACGUUUUCGCUUCGAACCUUGACGCCCCAGGGGGCUGUGAGCCAACCCGGGCGAGUCAAGACCGCCAAAAACGCCCGUACUAGGGUCGCAUCCCCCGCUGGAGAAGUCCGGGCCAUUCCCUGGACGUUUCUGCUCAGGCUCUGUGUACCCUGCGUGGGAUGGGCCGAACCGAGCCAGUAGGACGGCGAGUGGGGGGUUAAAACCCCAGCAGUGGCCCGUUUCGCAUUUGGUGUUUGGGAAGUAUUCAGCUAUCAUAAAGAUGAGUUCGUCCGGGAGGCGGUCUGGCCUAUUAAUCGAAACAUCCAUGCCAGACGCAAGGGUGGAUUCUGACGUUUGCUCGGACAUAACUGAGUAAUUCGAUUGCUGGUAACCUUGAAAUGUUGGGCUAGUGCAGUGCGGACGAGGAUAUCGACAAUGCUCAGGCGUGGCUAGUGAGACGGAGUGGUCGUCUGGUCGUCUAAAGCUCGGACUGUGUACUCCGUAAACUGAUCUUUGUUCGUGCUGCUGGAAAGAAAGAGUAGGGAAGAAAUAUAACAACAGACCAAAGAGAUAUCUAGAUUUCGGACUGGACUCGAAGGCUAGGACCGGUUCCUCGUCCUUUGGUACCAUGAAGAAACAUGGUGGUGGAAUUAGGCCUUCAAAUGAUACUUUGUCCUGCC